UAGGCGGGGCGGAGGCGUUUGUUGUGAUGGCACCCUCUUCCGAUCCGGUGGCGCAGCCAGAAGCGGAGAGAGGCGAGGAGGUCCCAUGAGUUCUCCCAUUGGAGCAUGUCCAUGAUCCUCUUCGCCUGCGUGGUGCGGAUAAGGGACGGGCUUCCUCUCUCGGCGUCCAGCGAUUUCCACCUCGAUCCCCAGUUUUUGGAAUGCAGGAAGAGACUCAAGAUCCUGUCCUCCGUCCUGACCCAGUAUCCGGAACGGGGCACGGCCAGAGAACGUGACCUCAGUAUACACUUUCACACCUCUGGAGGCGUCGCCUGCACCUGCAUCGCCCUCAGCAGUUACCCAGCCGUGAUGGCCUUCUGUUUCCUGGAGGAGCUCCACUCCAAAUUCGCCACCUCCUACCAUGCCACCAGCGUCAGCCUGGCUUCUAGGCCAUACACUUUCCUUGAAUUUGACAAUGUCAUCCAGAAGACCCAAAGCAAGUUUAAUCACACCAACUGCGCUCAGCCAAAAAUCGACGUGGCCAAGAUGCAGGAAGACUUCCGCUUGCGACCUCCGGCCCUCGUCAGCUGGGAAGACAUGGAAUUUGUGAACAGGACGGUGAACGGCUGCGCGGAAGUCCACCUUGAGACAGGUCCUGCUUGCCGGAUGCAACCCGUGUCUCCUUUGGGGAUCCUCUCCCUCAUUCUCAACAUCAUGUGCGGUGCGCUCAAUCUCAUUCGAGGGGUUCACCUGGCAGAAUAUUCGUUGCAGGAAGAUCACCAAGGAAUUGGAAAUAUCAUAGCAUUUCUGCUGCCUUUCCUGUCCUGCUUCGGUUUGUGUUACCUUUACCUGUUCUACACUUCGGCCCGGAAGGUCAAAGUCUCCAUCCUUUUUGUCACGCUCUGCCUCUGCAACGUCUACCUGUACGGAUUACGAAAUCACUGGCAGAUUCUCUUCCACAUCGCUGUGGCCUCCUUUUCUUCUCACCAGAUCCUGACCCGGCAGGUGGCAGAGAAACCCCCAGAUUUCGGGGUAUGAAAA